CCCUUCUGUGACUGCAUGGUUUGAAGUUUAGUUUAAGGGGAUUUUCUGAUCAUCGAAUGAUCCAUGAUGACUGCUCCUAAAGAGGAUCUGUGGAAAACCCUGAGCGACUUGACAGAAAAGGAGUUCAAGCUAUUUAAGUGGUUUCUGAAAGAAGGUGAUUCAGAAAACAGUUUCUCUGGUAUCCCUGUGGCCCGGCUGGAGGGGGCAGACAGACUAGACACAGUGGAUGUAAUGGUGCAAAAAUAUUGCGGUCCUGGAGCUCUGCAGAAAUCCACAGAGAUUUUGGAGAAGAUCAGCAGGAAUGACCUGGUCAAGCGUUUGUCAGACAUGAGCUCAAGAUGGAGAGACCUGAAGAACCUGGAAAGUGACUCUGACAGACAGAAGGCCAAAGCUGCACAGAUGAAGGCUGGAAUUAGGCUGAUGAUUCAGGAGAGACAGCUGAAGAUCAGUGAAAUCCAACAUUCAGCAGAGAUCAGUAGGAAAUCUGCGGACCAACAGACUUCAGACAGCAUGCAGGUCUUUACUGUUCUGAUGCAGUUGGUCCAGAAAAGUCUGGAAAACCUCAAAGAACAGAUUGAAGAGAAGCAGAAGACGACACAGAGACAGGCUGAGAGAAUUAUCCAAGGGCUGGAGCAGGAAAUCUCUGAGCUUAACAAAAGAGAAGGUGAGAUUGAAAACCUCGUUCACACAGAAGAUGACCUCCAAAACAUCUCCACCACUGAGAACCUUCCUUUACCAUCGUAUGGAACAACUGUGAUGACCACUGUGAAUGAAUUAAAGGAAAAGCUCAACAAAGAGAUGGAAAGGUUCCUCAAUAAGGCCAAGCUGAACAGGAUCCAGCAGUUUGCAGUGCAUGUGACUCUGGACGCUCUAACAGCCCAUCCCAAUCUCGUUUUGUCUGACGAUGGGAAACAAGUUCGCUUUAGUAAGAGGAAACAAAAUCUUCCAGACAACCCAGAAAGAUUCAGCUCUGCUGUCAAUGUCUUGGGGAAGCAGAGCUUCUCCUCAGGAAGGUUUUACUUUGAGGUGCAGGUGAAAGGAAAGACUGCAAGGGAUUUAGGUGUAGUCAAAGAAUCGAUCAGCAGGAAAGGAUCGAUCACAGCGAGUCCUGAAGGAGGUCACUGGACUAUUUGUUUAAGAGGGGGAGAUAAGUACAAAGCAUCUUCGGUUCAUCUCAGUGUAACAACUCCACCACAUAAAGUUGGUGUGUUUGUGGAUUAUGAGAAAAAGUCAGUUGGGUUUUAUAAUGUCGAUUCUGCAGACCUCAUUCACUGUUUCUCCGACUGUUUAUUUACAGAGAAACUCUAUCCAUUCUUCAGUCCAAGUCUGCAUCAUGGUGGCCUGAACGUCACCCCUCUUAUCAUCUGUCCUGUCAGUUACACUGAUUAGAUCUUAACUGAUUAUUGUAAUCUGUGAUUGUAAUUACAGUUACAGUAAGUAAUCUUUGGGUGGUUUGGGUGUAGUAUUGGUUUUUGCCACUAGAUGGUGUCACUUCCUCCUGGAUGAUAUUCAUAUAAGUGUUGCUCGCUCUACUUU